GUCAGCUAGCUGCUGCUGCCGCGGCUAACCCGCAAAGUUGUGAGACCGGCAUGCGGUGAAACUCUGCACCAGGCCGAAGUGCUAAUCCCGGGCAGAUCCUCCCUCACGCAAGGAUCUGUUCAGAGCUCCCGCGCGAGCUCCGGAUGUAGGCGGCGGGAAAGCUGGCCGCAGCACCCGGAGGAGAAAUGAACCACAAGAGCAAGAAGAGAAUCAAAGAGGCGAAACGGAGCGCGAGGCCUGAGCUGAAGGACUCGUUAGACUGGAUCAAGCACGGUUACCACGAGAGCUUCGACCUGUCGCACCGAACCGUCAAGGACAACGUGGAGCGGGUCGACACCCGCCACCUCUCUGCUGUAGAGUUCAUCGAGCGCUUCGAGCGGCCCUACAAGCCCGUCGUUCUGCUCCACUGCCAGGACAGCUGGGCCGCCCGCGAGAAAUGGACCCUGGAGCGCCUGAAGCGCAAAUACCGGAACCAGAAGUUCAAGUGUGGGGAGGACAACGACGGCUACUCUGUGAAGAUGAAGAUGAAGUACUACAUGGAGUACCUGGAGUCCACCAAAGACGACAGCCCGCUCUACAUCUUCGACAGCAGCUACGGUGAGCACGCCAAGCGCCAGAAGCUGCUGGAGGACUACGAGGUGCCGGUAUUCUUCCGGGACGACCUGUUCCAGUUCGCGGGGGAGAAGCGCAGGCCGCCGUACAGGUGGUUUGUGAUGGGCCCGGCCCGCUCCGGAACGGGGAUCCACAUCGACCCGUUGGGCACCAGCGCCUGGAACGCUCUGGUUCAGGGCCACAAGAGGUGGUGCCUGUUCCCCACCAACACGCCGCGCGAGCUCAUCAAGGUGACCCGGGAAGAAGGCGGGAACCAGCAGGACGAGGCCAUCACAUGGUUCAGCGUGGUCUACCCCCGCUCCCAGCAGCCCACCUGGCCCCAGGAGUUCAGACCGCUGGAGAUCCUGCAGAGACCCGGGGAGACCGUCUUUGUGCCGGGUGGGUGGUGGCACGUCGUCCUCAACUUGGACACCACGAUCGCCGUGACCCAGAACUUUGCCAGUACCACCAACUUCCCCAUCGUGUGGCACAAAACGGUCCGAGGACGACCCAAGUUGUCCAGGAAGUGGUACCGCGUGCUGAAGCAGGAGCGGCCCGAUCUGGCGGCGCUGGCGGACAAAGUGGACCUGCAGGAGUCCACGGGCAUCGCCUCGGACAGCUCCAGCGACUCCUCGUCCUCCUCCUCCUCCAGCUCGUCCGACUCGGAGGGGGGGUCGGGCUCAGAGGGCGACACCAUGUCCCACCGCAGGAAGAAGAGGCGUGUCUGCGGCUCGGCGGCGAACGGCGACUCCACCACCCAGGACGACUGCGUCAGCAAGGAGAGGAGCUCGUCCCGGUGACCCGCAGCCCCCACCAGCCUGCUGCCCCCCCGAGGGGAGGGGUCUGCUGUCUGCAGAGAUAAGAUGGGCGGGGUUGAAAGGGGGGGCUGAAAGAGACCACCACUGUGCUUUUCUACGUGUCCGUUCUGUACAGACUCUGGUUCUAUGGGGGGGGGGGUUCUCCAGCCUGAUGUAAAGGCGCGGUGCGUUCAGGUUCAGCAGGGACGUCUGUGCUCUGCUUGAGCUCCUCUCAGGUUCUGGCUGUGAGACGGGGCCACUAAAGUCCGGUUUGAAGGAACCAGCAAAGUUCUCGGUUCAAUCUGCUCCACCCACUCUGCCUUAACCCCCACCCACCCUGCAGGAAGUCUGAGGACCGGACCGGGUCAGAACAAGCCCACAUGGGGGGGUGACGGGCCCCUGAAGCAAAAACCUCCUGACGCUGUGGUCUGUGACCUUCUUCUGAGGGGCGGGGCUAGAACCGCAGACAGAAGACCAGACCAAUGGACCUUCUGGACUCUGCUGGAUGGGCGGGGUCUCCUUAGUUUCUUGGUUUCCGUGGAAACGGGAGCUCUGUAAAUGUCAAAGUGCCUCUGUGGGGGGGGGUCGACUCACAGACUGAUCCGUUUUACUGUUUCUCAAUAAAACAUUUCUGACUCAGAA